ACAGAGCAUAGCGUACGCCGCCGACAGUGCGACAGAGACGUCCAUAUAUCUACGCACACCAACUCGAUACACGCUACGCUUACGUUUACUUCUGUGUGUGUGUAUGUUCGAGUGUGUGCCCACUGACUGCGGCUCUACUUUUAGCAAUAGCUGCAACCGCAACUACUGUUCGUUCGUACUGGCACUGUUGUUUGUUGUAUGCGCACUGUACAGUUGUACCCACACGACACCAUCAGCUGCGGCAACAGCGGCUCGUUGUACAUGAGAUCUGAACGUCGUCCGUAGUUAACGUCGUAACAACCAUCGCCAAACGCGCGCGCAUAUUGUCGGCAAGUACUUCAGCGGGAAGCAUCCAUUUCGUCAACGAUAUUAUUCUUCAUGUUUCACAAUGAGUGAUUAUUCAGCGGUGAAUCCGCCAACGGAAAAGAAUCAGAGUCAAGCAUUCGCGGCGGCGUUACAACGCGCUAAAGAGAUAGCAGCUAAGAUCCAACCAUCCUCCAAAGCCAGUUCAACUACCGGAUCUAUAUCACCAGAAACACAUAAAAGGCCUUCAGAAGAUUACGCUAACUCUUCAGAGCCAGAAAGAAAAAGGUUAGCAACAUCUCCGGUGGCUUUAGCCGCCGCUCAAGCAGCAGCCGUGGCCGCCAGAGUGGCAGCAGCAGCAGCAGCCGGUAUCCAAGGCAUCGGUGGGCCUGGAUCACAAUUUGGCAACGUUGUGAAUGAAGAAAUAAAAGUACCAGACAAAAUGGUUGGUCUCAUUAUAGGCCGCGGUGGAGGGCAAAUUAGUCGACUACAGGCUGAAACUGGAUGUAAAAUUCAAAUGGCACCAGACAGUCCAGGUUUAUUAGAGCGAUCUUGUACUCUUACUGGAAAUGCUCAAAGUAUAACGCUUGCUAAAGAACUUAUACAAAACAUAGUACAGAAUAAAGUAUCUGUAGAAGGAACAGGUGGUGCAAAAAUUGAAGGACUCAACAUAUCUUCUCCACCUUCUCAGCCAGCUUUUACUCAAGCUCAAAUUAUGAUACCUGGAGCUAAAGUAGGACUUAUUAUUGGGAAAGGAGGUGAAACUAUUAAAAUGUUACAAGAAAGUUCAGGAGCAAAAAUGAUAGUUAUCCAAGAUGGACCCAAUAGUCAAGAAAAUGAAAAACCGUUAAGGAUAUCUGGUGAAACUGCCAAAGUUGAGCAUGCCAAAAAGUUAGUGUAUGACAUGUUGGGAGUUGGUGAAAAAGAUGGAUUGUCUACAUUUGAUCAAAAUGGAUCAAAUUGGAAUGGUUCUAACAGUGGUGAUUACAGUAUGCAUUCUGGUUAUGGCGGUAAAGUUGAGGUUGGUGUACCAAAGCAAGUAGUAGGAUUAGUUAUAGGUAAAGGUGGUGAUAUGAUUAAAAAAAUCCAAGCUGAUACUGGUGCCAAAGUUCAAUUUAUAAAUCUCAAUGAAGAUACCCCUGAUGAUAGGAGGUGUUUAAUUACUGGUAAUCCUGAUCAGGUAGCUGAAGCUAAGCAAAGAAUAGAAUCAUUAGUUGAUAGUGCUUUGAAUCGAAGUGGCAAUAGACCAAGUGGAGGUAACUUCAACAGAAAUCAAAGUUGGGGAAAUAGUGGCCAAACCCAACCACUAAAUGAAACAACAUUCACUGUACCAUCUGCUAAAUGUGGAGUUAUUAUUGGAAAAGGAGGUGAAACAAUUAAGCAAAUAAACUUGCAAACUGGUGCACAUUGUGAAAUAGAUAGGCGGCACAACAAUACUGGUUCUGAAAAAACAUUUGUCAUACGGGGAACUACUGAACAAAUUGAAAAUGCUAAACGCAUGAUUAAUGAAAAACUAGGAUAUCAGGAUCCUAAUGGUGGUUCUCAGAGUUAUAGUAAUAUGAACCAACCACAACCACCUUAUGGUUCUCAAAUGGGUUGGGGUGGUCAGGAUGGUCAAAUGAAUGCAUAUGGUCAAGGUUGGAAUCCAAACAUGCAACAACAGCAACCACAACAGCCAACUGAUCAGAAUAGUGCAAAUCCAAUGUCUAAUGCAAAUGGUGCCCAGGGAAGUUCAGAUUUCAGUGCCCAAUGGAUACAAUACUAUAGAUCUAUGGGUAUGCAUAGAGAAGCAGAAUUCAUUGAACAACAAUCCAAACAAAUGAAGUUCAAUCAGAUGAAUGGAACCAGUGCAGUACCAAAUCCAGCUAAUGUACAGCCGCAGCCUCAUGCAAUUCCUCCAAAUGGAACGGCAGGUGUAAUGCCAGUUGCUGCUUUAUCUGCUAAUGGCAGUGGAAGCAGUGCUGGAGUUAGUGCUGGUGCUGGAACUCCUGAUUAUAGUGCACAGUGGAUAGAGUAUUAUCGAUCAAUUGGCAAAAACAAAGAAGCUGAUAUGGUUGAACAACAAGUUAAAGCUAGGAUUGGUCAAACUAAUGGCCAACCAAGUGGCGGGUCAGAUCAGUCACCUCAGCAACAACAGCAACAACAACCUAAUGCUUCUAGCCCACAAUCUGGACAACCACAGUCGUUAAAUGAUGUAUCAAUGUAUGGUGCACAGUAUGGUAUGGCUUAUGGUGCAGGUGGUUAUUAUGGAGCACAAAAUCCUGGUGCCGCUCCCACAGGAUACGGAGCUUAUCCUGCUGCAGGAAAUGCUUAUGCAGGAUAUCAACAGGUGCCACAACAAGAUCCGCCCCAACAAUAAUGAGGACUUACGUCAAAAAUAUACUAUUAACUGUGUUAUUGCAGAACGUCCAGAUACCAGGGAUAUCCUCGCUAUGGUCAGGUCCAUUCAUAUUAAAUCAAUAAACAAAUAGUUUUGUCUUCUCUA